CUUCUCUAGUUCUUAUAAAGUGGUUUCGAGUUGAUCAUCCGAUCAGGAGCAAGUGUAGCAAGAUUAAAUAAUCGAGUGGGGAGGGGGUCGUAGCAAUUUCAAUGAUCUGGGCGACUAAUAUUAAAGAUCUAAAAUUAACUAAUAUGACUAAUAUGGGGAAGCACAAAGAAUACAUUUCUUCAAGUAUUUAAAUACGAAGCGCUGGUGCUCCUCUCUCUCUCUCAUACACAGCAAGGAAGAGAGAAAGGUGGGAGCUUUUUGGGUUUCUGAUGGAAAACGUAGCUAAGGACUUGACUGCCGGAACAAUUGGAGGAGCGGCUCAGCUUGUAGCUGGGCACCCCUUUGACACUAUCAAAGUCAUGCUCCAGAGCCAGCCGGUCCCACUUCCUGGACAAAUCCCAAAGUAUUCGGGUGCUAUAGAUGCCGUAAAGAAAACAGUAGCUGGUGAAGGUGCUAAGGGAUUGUACAAAGGGAUGGGAGCUCCACUUGCUACUGUGGCUGUCUUCAAUGCAGUUCUCUUUUCGGUGAGAGGGCAGAUGGAGUCGUUGUUGAGGUCUGAGCCUGGUGCUGUUCUCUCGGCGAAGGAACAAGUGGUUUGCGGUGCUGGGGCUGGAGUUGCAGUUUCUUUUCUUGCUUGUCCAACUGAAUUGAUAAAGUGCAGGUUACAAGCACAAAAUGCCUUGUUAUCAGAAUCCACCUCCUCAACCACUACACUAAAAUACCGAGGCCCAAUGGAUGUUGCAAAACACGUCCUAAAAUCCGAAGGUGGCCUCAGAGGUCUCUUUACAGGCCUUGGCCCAACCUUAGCCCGUGAAGUCCCUGGAAACGCUGUCGUCUUUGGCGUCUAUGAAGCCUUAAAGCAAUAUCUCGCUGGAGGAACCAACACCUCCGAGCUUAGCAAAGGUUCUUUAGUUUUGGCCGGAGGCUUAGCUGGAGCUUCCUUCUGGCUAACGGUUUAUCCAACCGAUGUUGUUAAGAGCGUAAUUCAGGUUGAUGAUUACAAGAAUCCAAAGUUUUCAGGCUCGAUCGAUGCCUUCAAGAAAAUUUUCGCGUCGCAAGGGAUCAAGGGUCUUUAUAAAGGGUUUAGUCCUGCUAUGGCUAGAAGUGUUCCUGCUAAUGCAGCUUGUUUCUUGGUUUAUGAGAUGGUGAGGUCUAACUUAGGAUGAUAUGGAUCCUAGGCUUCAUAUUAUUUUUUCAACAUUACAUGAAUUUAUUCCCAAUACGGUUGCAAAAUAUUCUUGAUAUACUUUUAGUCUUUUCUAAUACUAUUCCUCCAGAUUAUUGGUAACA